AUGGCGGUGCCGGGGGCGUGGCCGGCGCGGGGGGCGGAGCCCUCGGACAGCAGCCCCGAGCCCCCCUCCCCCUCCAGCUCCCGGCCCCCCCUGUCCGACUCCAGCCCCUCCCCCACCGAGACCACGCCCACCCCGCGGGGGCGGGGCCCGGGGGGCGGGGCCAGAGCUCGCCCCGCCCCUCCCAACCCUGGCGGGGUGGGGGGGGAGCGGCCCCUGGCGCUGUUUGAGGAGGAGCUGGCCACGCGUCCCCGCGUGCCGGCGCUGCUGCGCAGGAUGGCCCCGUACAGCGCGCUGAGCCCUGACAGCGACUGCGCCGGCCCGCGCCGCGCCCUGGGGACGCUGCAGGGCGUGGUGGCGCCGUCGCUGCAGUCGCUGCUGGGGCUGCUGCUGCUGCUGCGCCUGCCCUGGGUCGUGGGACACGGCGGCGUCCUGGGGACAGCGGCCAUCGGGCUGCUCCUGGGGGCCUGCAUGCUGCUGACCGCCGUGUCGCUCAGCGCCGUGGCCACCAACGGGCUGGACCCCGGGGGCGGGGCGCUGUCGCUGCUGUCGGGGGCGCUGGGCCCCGAGGCCGGGGGGGCCGUGGGGGUCUGCGGCUUCCUGAGCGCCGCCUUCACCUGCGCGGCCGCGGCGCUGGGCGGGGCCGAGCUGCUGCUGGUGUACCUGCUCCCCGGCUGGGCGGUGCUUCCGGGGCGUGGCCGCUGGGGCCGCCUCAACAACGGGCGUGGCUACGGGGCGGGGCUUCUGGCGCUGCUGGGGGCGGGGUCUCUGGCCCCGCCCCGCGUGCGCGCUCUGGCCGCGCCCCUGGGCCCCGCGGGGCUGCUGCUGGCGCUGCUGGCGCUGCAGGCGGGGUCCCUGCGCCACGCCCUGCUCCGCGACCCCGCCCACGCGCUGUGCCUCCCCCCCCGGCCCGGGGACCCCCUCCUGCCCUGCGCCCCCCCCGCGCCCCCCAACGCCUCCCGCGGUCCUCCCAGCCAGCAGGGGGCGCUGCCCGCCCUGCCCGGGCCCAGCGCGCGCCUCCUGGCACGGAACCUGUGGCCCCGCCCCCAGGAGGCGGGGCUGGGGGCGGGGCCUGAGCAGGAGGAGGGCGGGGCCGACGCCUCCUUCGGAGCCCUGCUGGGGCUGAGCCUGCCCUCGGCCGCGGCCGCUGCUCCGAGCUCGGGGACGUCGCGCGCUCGGUUCGGUGUCACCCUGGGCGGUGUCCCCGUGCUGGCCGCUGUCGCCUGGCCCUGGUGGCUGCCGCUGCUGGGGGCGGGGCUGUCGGCGGGGGGCGCGGGGCUGCAGGCGCUGCUCGGGGGGUCCCGCCUGCUGCGGGCCCUGGCGCGGACACGGGCGCUGCCGCUGCCGCGCGUGUCCCCAAGGGUCCCCGAUGUUCCCAAGGGGUCCCGGUUCGGUGUCACCCUGGGCGGUGUCCCCGUGCUGGCCGCUGUCGCCUGGCCCUGGUGGCUGCCGCUGCUGGGGGCGGGGCUGUCGGCGGGGGGCGCGGGGCUGCAGGCGCUGCUCGGGGGGUCCCGCCUGCUGCGGGCCCUGGCGCGGACACGGGCGCUGCCGCUGCCGCGCGCGCUGUCGCGGGGCCGGCGCUGGCCCCUGGCGGUGACGGUGCUGACGGCGGCCCUGGGGGUGCUGCUGGGCUCGCUGGACCUGCUGGCCCCGGUGCUCUCCGUGUUGUGCCUGACGUCAUACCUGGGGCUGAACCUGGCGUGCGCCCUGCAGGGGCUGCUGCCCACGGCCGGCUGGAGCCCGCGCUGCCCGCUCUACCACUGGUCAGCGCUGUCGCGGGGCCGGCGCUGGCCCCUGGCGGUGACGGUGCUGACGGCGGCCCUGGGGGUGCUGCUGGGCUCGCUGGACCUGCUGGCCCCGGUGCUCUCCGUGUUGUGCCUGACGUCAUACCUGGGGCUGAACCUGGCGUGCGCCCUGCAGGGGCUGCUGCCCACGGCCGGCUGGAGCCCGCGCUGCCCGCUCUACCACUGGUCGGUGUCCCUGGCCGGGGCCCUGCUGUGCCUGUCUCUGAUGUUUGUCACCUGCUGGCACUGCGCCCUGCUGGCCCUGGGCAUCGGCGCCACCGCCUACAAAUACCUGGAGUUCCGCAGCGCGCAGAGCGAGUGGGGGGAGGGGCUGCGGGGGCUCUCGCUGAGCGCCGCCCGCCUGGCGCUGCUGCGGCUGGAGGAUGGACGGCCCCCGCCCCCCAGCCUCAGGUGA